AACAGACUGACAGGGCCGACGGCUUUGACUCUAAGAGAGUUAAAUAUUGGAUUCAAUUUAUUUACUUGUAUUGGCUUAAAACCUGAAUGCUUAGAAUGUACUAACCUCAUCGAACGGUUCACAGCUCAGACACUGUAGAAGCCACUUGCGUAACAGGUGGGGGUUUAUACAUCAUCAUCAUCAUCGGAUGUACGUAUUAUUCUUGGAAUGAAUUCCAGUCCUAGAUACCUAGUAUGUAUAUAUUUGCUCAGCCACUUGAACCCAUCCCAUUCUUCGGAACAUGACUUGAUAACCUACAUCUAGAUACUGUACGUAUCGAUGAACGAAUUGAAACCAACAAAACACCUAGGUUACCAUCUUAAUCCUGCAAGCAAAGAUGAAGCCAUUCCCAGACGCACCACCACCACCACCACCCUCCUUCCUCUCACCCAGGCCACCACCCCCCCGCAUCCUCCGACCACGACUACCAUGGCGCCACCUCGCCUGCUCCGCCGCAGCGCUCUACUUCGUGUACUGCUCCACCGCAUCCCAGCCCAUCAUAUUCCCCACCCCCCUCUUCGUCGCGGGCGUGCUCCCCGCGUACACGGGCCCGCACGCGGUGGGGACAGUGGACGUCGAGGUGCCGGCUGCCGAGGCGAGGGUUGUUGGCGACGGGGCGCGGUUCAAGGGAAGCGGGGACAGUGCGUUUGCGCUGGAGACGGUGCUGUUCUCGCUGUACUAUCCCGCGGGCACGCGCGCCGUCUCCUCCCACAGGCACGAGGAGAAAGGGGAGAAGCAGAAACACCACCACCACCACCCCUGGGUCGCCAGCCCGAUAUCCGCCACGGCACGGGGCUACGCCAGGUUCGCGCGUGCUGAUGCCUUCUUACCCUUCGUCGAUAAGUUGUUCGAGGUCGCGCUGAAGGUGCUGGUGGGCGGCGUGGAGAUUCCGGCGAGCGUGGACGUCCCGCUUGCGGAUGUGGGGGAGGGGCGGGGUGUGGAUCAACCUCGGUCGGCGGGGGGGAGAAAUGGAAGGAAAGGGGAAGAAGAAGAGAAGGAGGAGGAGGUGGAAGUAGAGAUGGAAAAGGUCCUGAACAUCGUCGCCCGAGGCGAAGGGUUCCCCGUCGUCGUCUUCUCACACGGCAUGGCGAGCAGCCGCACCGAUUACACGCACUACGCGGGCGAGCUGGCGUCGCGCGGGUGUGUUGUUGCGCUGGUUGAGCACAGGGAUGGCUCGUGUCCGGGGACGGUGGUGAUGCGGCGGGGUGAAGCGGACAAGGUGAGGUUGACAUUCCGUGCGGACGAGGUUGAGUACCCGUCUGCGUCGGUAGACGGUGAGGGGGUAGGGGGAGAAGAAGUCUCGAUCGAGAAGUUCAAAAAAGCACAGCUCGACUUCCGCGAGGCCGAGAUCGAAGAAGUGGUGUCUGUCCUCCGCCGAAUAAACGACGGCCACGGAAAGCAGGUCCGCGCCUCGAAUGCCCGUGGCGGGGAAGGCAGGGACUUCGAGAGCUGGACCGCCCGCCUCAACACCCAGCACAUGGUCAUCGCAGGCCACAGCUACGGCGCAACCGGCGCGUUGCAAGCGCUCCGCGGGGGGCCAAGCCACCGCCGCCCCUUCCACGGCGCCGUGAUCCUCGACCCCGGGAAGCAGAGCGGCCGGCUCAACGACGACGUGAGGGUGCCCAUACUGGUUAUCCACAGUAACUCAUGGAGCCGCACCACGCACAGCAACCGCGCACUGUUCUACGGCCGCCCCCACUUCGCCACCGUCCGCGACCUCGUCGAAAACGCCAACCUUCGCGGCGCGCCCUCCUGGUUCGCGACGUCGCUCGGGACUUCCCACCCGUCUGUCACCGACGCGCCGCUUCUAUUUCCGCGGCUGCUAUCUUGGACGACGGGCGCGAGGAUUGAGGUGGGGGAGGGGCUGAGGCAGUAUGUUCAUGUUACGGAGGACUUUUUGUGGUUUUUGCUGUUAGGGGAGGGGGAGACGAGGGGGCUGUUGAAGGAGAAGGCGGAGUUUGAGGAGCUGGAUGAGGGGAGGGGGUUUGGGGUUUGGAGGCCGGGGCAGGGGCAGGGGCGGGGGGAGAAGGGGAAGGGUGGGAAGGGGGAAGAGGAGGAGGAGGAAGAAGAAGAAGAAAGGGGGGAGUGGUGGGAUUGGAGAAGGUUUUGGCAGGUUCAUGUUUCUCCGAAUUAGAAUGUGAUGAUUUUGGCAAGGAGGCGGAGAGUUAGGGAGAUAGGGCGGGCGAUGUGCAGUAUAUGUGAUAUUCAGCGAAUGUGCCUAGGAGUUGGGUUGGCUAUGAGGUUUAUGUAAAGGCUACGGGUGGGAAAAAUGGACAUGAACAUAGGCAGUACGGAUGACAAAAUUAUAGAAACAUACUAAUCCAUAGGUAUGGACAGAUAUAGAUAGGUACUAUAUUGAAUGUCAAGUCGUCAGCCACCUCUAUAAUCUACUUAGGUUAGGGUGGUAUACCAAGCUC